AUGGAAAAUAAACAGUCUCCAUCAAAGAAGAAGUUAUUGUCCAUCCAAGAAGAGAAAUUGAUACGUGAGGUUGAUUACGAUUCACUGGCAGGAGGCUCAGCCCGCCUGCAUAAGAAACAGCUUCUUCUAGACUUAGAGAUUCUUCAGAAGAGAUCAACUUACCGUCCGUCUUCACAGAGAGUUCUCGUAUCCAUAAAACCGAGAGCGCCACCCAUUAAAGCAAUAUACAUUGCAGAGAAGAGCCGUUUUCAUUCUAAAAAGGGUUCGGAUAAGUCGUGUUCACGUCUAGGUAUUGGAGACCAUUCAUCUUUCACUACCCAUUACAGUGAAGAUGAUUCAAAUGUUUUAAACUCAAUCGGUUGUGGUACGGAGCAGCCUUAUAGGAAAAGUGAUACAGAAUCAGACAAAGCCUCUUCGGUUACUAUUCAGGUAGAAAGCUCAGCCGUAAUUUCAAAAUGUUCACACACUAAUAGCACGCUCCAGAAGGUAAAUGUGUACAAUGCGAAACAAAGAUCGGCAGAAAAAUGCUAUGUCUAUACACAACCACAGCUAAAUAUGAAACUUCCCAAAGUCGAUGCCAAAACAGAUAAAAAGACGUUAACUCCUAAUAAAGUUGAUAUUGCCACAUUAAUCAUCACGAAUACAUCUUCUGAAGAGUCUGCACCACCUUCUGUAACUACAAUUAGUACUUUGACUAAAAGAAUAGAUCAUUUGGAGCGUAAAAUUUUGAGGCAAGAAAUGGUUUUCCGUUCUAUAGAUCCUAAUUUACCUCUGUCUUCAUCAGAUGAAGAGCCCAAAGGUAACAUAAUGAGGACUACAUCGGGUACUGGGAGGCCGGGGUGUAGCUACAUUCAGCAGUAUAGCCACGUUCCGGAAACCUCGGCGUUCCAGCGCUACGCACAGCAAGCGGCGCCGCUUUCUCCGAGCAAAGCGACUACUUUAGAAAAAGAACACAAUUCUGAGCAAUAUGGCCGUGACUUCACCGCAUAUGACGGCAUCACCGCACGUGGUCGGCGACAAUGUGCGUCCGUGCCGUGCAAACGAGAUGAUAUACCUAAAAUGGCAGCUGAAAGAGUCCAUAAGAUCCGGCACAAACUCAAUCCAGUGCGUGAUUAUCGGCUGAUGGAUACAGUACAUUAUCUAGCACAAGGUGAAUUCGCGCCUCGCGACGACGGUAUAAAGUUAACACCCUCACGGGAAGCAGUACUUAGCGAUAUAAUUUGGGAGGACGUCUGUCGCACGCACUGGCCUAACGCCAGGCUUGGACGGCGAGUGGCUCACUCCGAGAGAUGUAGUACAAGAUGUGAGCUGCAGAGAUUAAUAGACAGCCUGCUGAGAGAGCGCGUUGCUCACGUUGAGCGGCGGAGACGGCGUCAUUACAGAAUAGUUAAAUUGAACCAUCGACAUGAAAGCUGCAGACCUGUGGGUAAGACCGGGGAUAUCAUCGUGGCUAGUCAUAAAAAUAGACAAGGCGAGGAGGUUGCGAUUAGCGAUCACAACGCUGCAAGCGCGAUGAUGGGUGAAAGACGUUGGGAUGGAUCCGGUCUGCGCAGAACUCCAAGAAGUCAUGAUCGGUUGGGGACGGAUCCACGACAAACACGUCAUUCCUUGGAGCGCAGACAUGGUUAUGAAGACUGCUCCCCAGGGCCGAGUUAUGCCGUGAACAGGUCUCCAGCGAGUAGAGAACCGACUUGUUGCUACCAGGCGUCGAGCCCGAUGAAGACGGAAAGGCGCUGUGGAAUGACGAAGAAGCGUCAGAAUGGAAGUCGUGAGUUAACAAGCGGUAGCAGUUCUACAUGCAAGCCAAGGAAUCCUCGGCUGGUUGUCAAAAAAGUAGCAUCUCACCGCAAGUACGCCAGAGAUGAACCGAAUCUCGAACAUUACAUUUUACUGCCAACGUUGGUUGUACGAACGCCAUCUAAUAUGAAGCGACAGAAGAAGUUCAAUGAAUUGUACCAUCGUAUUCUAAACGUUCAGCUAAACAACGUUCAAAACAGUGGUGCACAAGAUCCAACGCACCCGAGCACAUCCCAGGGCCCGAACAAGAAGGACGUUGGACUGAACAUCAAUAUCACGCUGUCCAAUACUUAG